AUGGUGAAAAGCGAGGGAUCAGGGCUACUGGGGCGUUCGUCGCUGCUGUUCAACUUUUGCUACAUAUUUCUCGCUCACGGAGUUGUCAGCGGGAUCAUAUCUGGCGGCAUAGAGUUCGCAAUCGCUUAUGGGAUGUACUACCAUAGUUCGAAACCGGUCUAUCUCUGGGGAUUCCCGAACACGCUGUCUGGUGAUUGCGCUCUGACAGUGUUCAUUCAGGUCGGCGUGACGUGGGUUUGCGAAGAGCUGAUCGUCGGGUGGGACUGCUUCCAGAGCAAGACGCCGCUUCUGCCGUUUGAAAUAGAGCUGCCUGACGAGGCCAGUCAUGGGCUUUUCUGGAGACUGUUCGAGGUCAAACAUGGCAUUGCCAAAGAUGAGCUUUCGCUCAGAAGCUACGUGCGGAAGCAAUUCAUACGAUAUCCGAGCAGAUCCAGAUGCUUUAAUCUGUUUUCAUGGCUGUUGCACAAGUUUGUAAUUUCGAUGAUCGCCGCUGCGAUGAUCUGGUUCUGGGUGUGGCCAGUGACAAUGGGUGUUAUGGCUGGAGUUGGCACCAGGGUCGGAAGCCAUGAGUACAAAUUCCACGGCUGGGCCCCGCAGAUCAUGAAACUCAUAUUCGGCUUCGUCAUAGGGCUGAUGUGCACGCCGCUCGCCAUCAUCGUUAUCUUACUGCGCGACAAGUGGUUUCUCGAGUACAAGAAGAGCGCCCAGACCGGUUCCCAGGAAGACGAGAAAAGAGCCCCGACUGAUGCCAUCGAGAACUCUUCCGGCGACUUCCAUACCGAUUCUACUAAUCAAGAUCCAUCCGCUUAA